ACUGGGAUCACUCAAACCCCCAGAACUGAGCCUCAACUUUAGUCAAUCUUCUUUGAAUGGAACUGUCAGCUGAUACCGAUGGCUAUUGCGUGUAAAUAAAUAACUUCAUGUGUUGAAAGACCGUCUGACACAGAUCCCAAACGCCAAUCGCUAAGGCCUCCGGCAUGAAGUUCCGUAGCUGGAGAGAGUCUCGAGAAUGUUACAGCGAUGAUGAAAAGAUCAUCUGCAAAACCAAACGUAGGAAGUCACUAUGUCCAUCCGUUAACUGGAAUUUGUUGCAUGAUAGACAACCAGCGGAGAUUGCAGAAUCCUCUGCUUCGCAAAUGAGUGUUGCGCUGUUGGGGGUUUCAACAUCGACUGUUACCGGUUAUGAGGAAUUGAAUUCAAAAUUUUCUCGAUUUACACCCAACGAUUUCGUGAAUAUCAACCUGAGGGCUUUGGAACAUGAGGGGCUCAUCCACAUAAUGCACUCAAAUAAACUUCCCGAGAUUACAGUUGACAUCCGAAAAUUGCGACUGAACAUGGCAGUGGUAAAUACGUGGAAUGAGAUGUGGCUGCUGUUGCCAAAAGAGGGUUUCAUCGAGAAGAAGCGAAAACUCCGCAGAGUUUGCCGUUGCAUUUCCAGUAAAAAAGAGAAUGUAGCGAUUGGCAGACAAUUGCAGAGAACAGAAAUUGUGAUAAAUCCCUGUAAGACAUUUUCAACCGAGGUACAUGUUCAAGACGACCCGUGUAAAAAACUAAACGAACUCAGUAUAAAUUCCGAUCCUGUCACCGACCACGAGCUCGCGUCGAAAAUGUCAACUCUGUCAUGCAGUCAAAACAGCAUCACAGACAGGGGCCAAAAUCAGGCUGAACUCCUAGACGAGUGGAAGAUGUUCAUGGCAGAUUUCCUGAUCGACAGGAUCGACGGUGAAAUCAGUAAUCUGAACAUCAAUGAAAUCGAUAACGAUACAAAUAACGAAAUUCCCGUCAUCCGUUCACACAGUGAAACUGAUUUCAAUGUCUGUAGCGGAAACGAGAAAAAGAGAAAUUUGCAUAAUAAUAUUUAACACGUAACUGAAAUAAUGACUAAUUGAGAAAAAACGUCUAAUACAAUCCCACCUUAUGGCCAUUUAUUACUUUGUAAACACUGGGUGCCUGGGCUAGUUGAGCCUAGCCUAAGGUUUUUAAUAUAAAAGUAUAUAAAACGUUGAUAAAGCUAGAGAUAGAUACGUUGUAAUUAUGCCAUCGAUAGGAGACUUGCAGAGUUCGUUGAACCUGAUAAGAAUCACAUUUGUCGUUAUUGCACUUGUAUCCAGGGAAAGUUUAUAAACAAGGUAAACCGUACUCAAUACUGCCUUCAUCACACGUCAAUUGUCUUCGAAGAAAAUGGCAAUUGAUUCUUUUCAGGUGAUUUUCCUAAUUAUACGAAUUAGUCAGUCACGUGAGGCUCAACAGGGCUACGUUUUUCUUAACGUUCGGAAAAUGAUUUUUUUCCGAAACUCGAACUCAGUAAAUUCGAAAGUCAAAAUCAUAUCAUGCAAAAUCAUGCAAAUGGUGAUUUCUAGUGUUUAAAAUUAAGACUUUAUAAAGAAUUUUUAACCAGACUCCUCUUAUUAUAAUUCUUCUUAAAUAUUUAGAGUAUUUUGAAGAGAUUUAGAGCGGAUAAUUAAACUGAGAGCUUCAGAAGUUCAAAUAGCAAUAUAAUUACAAAAUGUCUGGAAACCUGGGAUGCAACGUCUCGCUAAUAGAAGCUCAGCAAUUCCCCUGCAAUCGCAAUAAACGAUUCCACUGGAAAAAUGAAAUGCCAAAGUACUCGAAUAUCCUCAAAACCCCACUUGUAACCGAUUGCUAAAUUCCCGGUAAAUGAAAGGUUUCAACAAAAAUUCACCGCCAAUCCCGAAGGCCAGCCAGACAAAGAGCGCUAAAGUCACUGGUGGAAAAGUAGCCGUUCAAGGCCAAUCAACUCGAUUAUUCGUAUAUAAACUUGCGUCCGGACUGAUCCCGAGCAAUGAAUUCAUUAAAUUCAAUUCUCCAAAUUCCACCCGAAGCAACAAAAAAAAAAUCGGAGCAAAACCAUUACGAAACAAAGAGAACGUCCCAAUGAGAAUUCCUAUGCCAUUGUUGGAAUAAUAGUCGUUAAUUAAAGAAUUGUGCCACUAAUCCAAAAACUGUUAAUAAAGAAGAAUGCUAAUGACAAGAA